AUGGCUUCCAGGUGCUCGACUGGCAGUCACUCCUUAUUUCUUCCCUUCUUGUAUCCUUCUUGUUUCACGUCGAUUACAACCAAUGUCCCCCGAUCCAUCGCGAAGACCCUGAGCAACCCUCCCCGUCGCCACAGCUCUACACACGUCGCCCAAGAAUCGACAUCGUCGCGCCUGAACCCGGCACCCGAAGACUAUGCGGCCCCGAAUUUCGCUGACAAGGCGUCCCUGACGCUCUACGCCGGCGCUGGCGGCAAUGGCUGCAUCUCGUUUCUGCGCGACAUGUUCCUGCCCGAAGGACCUCCAAACGGCGGCAACGGUGGCCACGGCGGGAACAUCUACAUCCAGGCCGUACAUGGCGAGACUUCUCUGCAUAAGCUGGCUCGAAAGCGCUUUAUACGGGCAGAGCGCGGGAAGAACGGCCAGGGAAGUGCCAAGGCGGGCCAGCGUGGUGAGGAUAUCAUCAUCACGGUACCCGUAGGUACCAUCCUGCGAGAGAUCAGCCGAGAGGAUCCCGUCGCUGAGGACAUCACCUAUCGCCGCGCCCUGUACUACGAGCGGAAAGCAUGGAAGACGAGAAAGCGCGAGCGGGAGGAGGAGGCUGCCGAGGCUGCCAGGCGCGAACUUCUUCGUGCAGAGGACGGCGAAGAGAUCGACGACGAUGUACAGUCGGCAGCGAAGCAGAAGGAAACAGACGUGGAGGACGACCCCGAGCCCGAAGAUCCCGACCGCGAAAAGUUCCUCGUCUACCCCGGCGCCGCCAGGAGCGAGAUCAAGAGCCUCGUCUUCCCCAAGGCCCCGCGCCGCGAGCGUUACUACCACCAGCCGCCUGGACCCCUGAACAUCGACCUCUCCCGCCCGACGCCUACGCCUAUCCUCCUCGCCGCCGGCGGCAUUGGCGGUCUCGGCAACCCGCAUUUUGUCUCUCGCGAGUACCCGCGCCCCCUCUUCGCCACAAAGGGCGAACGCGCCGUCACCAUGGAGGUCGAGCUUGAGCUGAAGCUCCUCGCCGACGUCGGCCUCGUCGGUCUCCCCAACGCCGGCAAGAGCACCCUCCUCCGCGCCCUCAGCAACUCCCGCACCCGCGUCGGAAACUGGGCCUUCACGACGCUGCAGCCCAACAUUGGCACCGUCGUGCUCGAUAGCUACAAGGGCCGCCCCGUCAUGCGCUCCUUCAAGCGGGCGCCCUCGACGGAGAACAGCGACGUCCCCCCGGCCGACGAGCACGAGCAGCAGGCCGAGGCGCGCACGCGCUUCACCAUCGCCGACAUUCCCGGCCUCAUCGAGGGCGCCCACCUCGACCGCGGCCUCGGCAUCGCCUUUCUGCGCCACGUCGAGCGCGCCGGCGUCCUGGCCUUUGUCAUCGACCUCUCGGCCGGCAACGCCGUCGCCGCGCUCGACGCUCUGUGGAACGAGGUCGGCCUCUACGCGAGGAUGCGCGAGGAUGAGGAGCGCAGCCGCGAGGCCGAAGCCAAGAUCAACUGGGAGAUCGAGGAGGAGCAGUCCGCGCAGCCCAAGUACAAGGGCCGCUUCAGCGACCCCGUCAUGAUGGUCGCCGACGCCCCGGCUGAGCCGGAGCGCGUCUCGGGGCUGCACAUUGCCUCGAAACCGUGGUAUGUCGUUGCGACAAAGGGCGACAAGCCAGAGACGCAGGAGAACUUCAAGGAGCUGCAGGCCUACUUGGAAGACAUCAAAAACGGCGUCAAGCCGCAUCCGAGCGGCAUUGAGGAGGCCUGGACGGAGCGGGUCACUGCCAUCCCCGUCAGUGCCAUCAAUGGGCAUGGUGUGGACAGGAUUGUCCACUGGACUGUAGGAUUACUAGACGACUAG